GUGGUUCUCAGCCAGUGUGUCGUGACCCAACAAGGGUUGUGUAUCAGACAUUUACAUUAUGAUCAUAACAGGAGCAAAAUUACAGUUAGGACGUAGCCACGAAAUAACUUUAUGGUUGGGGGUCACCACAACACGAGGAACCAUAUUAAAGGGUGGCAGCGUUAGGAACGUUGGGAAGCACUGGUUUUAGCUUCAAGGCUAUCACCCCCACUUUACUGAGAGGGAAGGAAGGCCAACACUGAGGCUGAAUCUCUGUGGCAGGCAGGGGUGGAAGGGACGCAGCUAGACUAAUCGUACCUGUGACUUUUUAUCAUCUGUCUUUCUCCUCCAAGAGCCCCCAGGCCUGGCUGCUUGUCAGUAGGCACGAAACUUCCUCUGCUUUUUCUUGGCUGUGUCCCUCACACGGGCUGGCCCUUCCUCACUCCACCCUAGCAGAGCCCUACUGGGAGGUUUUCCCCUGAGCUGGGGGCUUAAGCAAGAGGCAGAGGUGGACAGAAAUUUCACCUGUAGCUCCCCGGGUCAGGACCUCCCCUGUUCUGUCCAGCCCCUACCUCAGUUAUUCUGGUCUCCAAGGCACAGGCCUGCCACCGGCUCCCAAUGCUGGUGCUGGUCCUCCGGUGGCCUUCCUUGCCCUCUCCAUGUCUCCAGGGUUCAUCAUUUGCUCUUGGAGUCUGGGUUGGACGGAGCCCUGAACCAAUGGCAGCAAUUUCUCAGAGCCCAGGACUGCAGCAGGAAGCGCCGUGGUACCAAGGCUCCCAAACCUCACCUCUGACCUGCCAACCCCUUAUCCCAGCCCAGAUGGAACCUUACCCCUCUCCACUCCAGGAGCUGGGGUGGGGCAGGCCCUGGCUCUGAUUCACCCUGUCCUCUCUUCUUCCCAACAUCCUUUUCUCAUUCCCUUAGCAACCAAGCUAGAUCCAUCAAGGAGCAGGGCCUGGCAGCUGAGCUGGGAGAGACUAAUAGCCCGGAAGGAAGGAGGGGCCUGGAGAGAAGAGGAAGGCUAGGGAUGUAAGCCAGCGCUCAGGCUGGGCGUUGGCUCCGGCCCAUCUCAGAGGACACACAGAAGUGGGGGAGCUCUGCCCUGCAGUAUGAGGGAGCUGGCCAGCAGGGAGCCGCCCUCCCUCCUUAUCCCAGUCAGGUGUCCAGCCUAGAACCCCAAACCUGCUUCUCUCACACCCAUGACCCAUCUGAGGUAGACCUGUCCUGCUUGAGAGUCCCAGAGUCCCUAGCGGCAGCAGACACAUGGCUCCCAACAGACCUAAAAGGCCUCAGCAUCCUUUCUCCUUCAGAGCAUCCAAACUGCCUCUGUCCACUCCUGGACAGCCUGUGUCUGCAUUCUGCAAGCUGCGUGACAUACAAAGACCGAUACCAGCCCUCUUGCUAACUGGUGUGUGUGUGUGUGUGUGUGUGUGUGUGUGUGUAAGGGGUGUAGUUGUGUAUUUGUGUAAUGUCUGUACACGCAGGCAUCUGGGGCAGGCUGCACACAUACAUAUUUGUAGGAUCUACAAGGUGGCUCAGUGGUUAAAAGGCAUCUGAGUGUGGACUUGUCCGAGGAGAUCUCUCUCUCUGUCUCUCUCUGUCAUCUCUGUCUCUGUCUCUGUCUCUCAGGGCACAGUGGGUGAGUACCCUUCCCAUCUCACCUCCCUUUAUCCACACCAUUUCUGGGUACCUGAACUUCCUCAGCACUGGAGACUGGUGCCUGCCAGUCUCUUUGUCUCUCAGCCCUGGCAGCUGCUACCCCUCACCCCCCUCCCCUCCCUACUUCAGGAAUUCCUCUGGUUCCCGUAAGACCUGUGACUGAGCCGCAGUGAGAGUGGAGGGGGAGAGAAUCCGGUAAAGGCAGACAGAUGGACUGCACACCACAGGUGCACUCCCCUCAGCCUCGGAGCUGGCAGACACCUAUGAGCCCGACACCCUCAACCCCCUGUGAGGUGGCCACCUUGUUGAGGCAGGUGUUCAAUCCAAGUUUGGGGGCUGUGUCUUUAAGGUGGAAACAGCAGCAAGCAACUUCUGCUGGACAAGGGCAGGGGGGAGGGGAGCUGGUCAGUCCAUUAGCUGCAGAGCUGGCGCCAACCACCAGCCCUUUACCGUGCCCUGGGGAGCAGGCGGAGAGAAGCCCUUCCCCAGCCCCCUCUGCCUCAGCCCUCCUGUCCCCUAUUUCUCUUAGUUGUGGUCAAGGAGCAGGCGCGGAGGGGAGGGGGGCAGCUGACAACAGGUGAAAAAGAACCCCAGUUUCAGGAGACAGGAGGAGGUACAAACUCCCCGGUUUAGGCCAGGCUAGCUCUCCCUCCACCUACCUCCCUUCUCAUAGCCAAAAGCUUGCCUUUAACCUCAGUUCCCUCCUAUUCCCUAAUUUUUACCUCCUCUUCUGAGGGGGCACCCCGGGUCAAGUCAAGUCCUCCCACCCUAGGCUCCAGCGUUGGAGUCAUGCUGGGACCCCCUAGGCCACCUCCAUCCUGCUUGUCACAUCCCUGAUCUCUGCCAGCAACAAGGGGGAAUCAAGGAGGCCGGGUGCCAGCAACCGGGAGAGGGAAGGGGUGGUGUCGCCGCUCUGCAGGGUGGGGCAUCCCCCUCCCCACACAGUCCGUCUGUAGUCAGGCCAGUGGGAGGAGCUGUCGUGCCCCCCCCUCCCGCACCCCCCUGAGACCGCAGGGCUAUAAAGCUGCCCCGCAUCGGUCUGCGGCUCCUUCCCGCCCGGCCUAGCUCUGCCAAGCGCCGAAUGCCAUCCUCCGCCACCAUGAGCCAUCACUCGGGCCUCCGGUCCAGCAUCAGCUCCACCUCGUACCGCCGGACCUUCGGGCCGCCGCCCUCGCUGUCCCCCGGGGCUUACUCCUACUCGUCCAGCUCUCGCUUCUCCAGCAGCCGCCUGCUGGGCUCGGCGUCCCCGAGCUCCUCGGCGCGCCUGGGCAGCUUCCGUGCCCCUCGCGCGGGGGCCCUGCGCUUGCCCUCGGAGCGCCUCGACUUCUCCAUGGCCGAGGCCCUCAACCAGGAGUUCCUGGCCACGCGGAGCAACGAGAAGCAGGAGCUCCAGGAGCUCAACGACCGCUUCGCCAACUUCAUCGAGAAGGUGCGCUUCCUGGAGCAGCAGAACGCAGCCCUGCGCGGCGAGCUGAGCCAAGCCCGGGGCCAGGAGCCGGCGCGCGCCGACCAGCUGUGCCAGCAGGAGCUGCGGGAGCUGCGGCGCGAACUGGAGCUGCUGGGCCGGGAGCGCGACCGGGUGCAGGUGGAGCGCGACGCGCUGGCGGAGGACCUGGCGGCGCUCAAGCAGAGGUUAGAAGAAGAAUCCCGGAAGCGGGAGGACGCGGAACACAACCUGGUGCUCUUCCGUAAGGAUGUGGACGACGCCACCCUGUCCCGCCUAGAACUAGAGCGCAAGAUUGAGUCUCUGAUGGAUGAAAUUGAGUUCCUCAAGAAGCUACACGAAGAGGAGCUUCGGGACCUGCAGGUGAGCAUGGAGAGCCAGCAGGUGCAGCAGGUGGAGGUGGAGGCGACGGUGAAGCCAGAGCUGACGGCUGCGCUGAGGGACAUCCGUAUGCAGUAUGAGAACAUCGCGGCCAAGAAUUUGCAGGAGGCAGAGGAGUGGUAUAAGUCCAAAGUGCGAGAGCAGGGGAGGACUCUGGGGGGGCGGGUUCCUGGGGGUGGGAGGCACUGGGAACGGCGUGCAUCCCAGCCGGACCUGUCUACCACGCCGCAGUACGCUGACCUGUCGGACGCCGCCAACCGCAACCACGAGGCCCUACGCCAGGCCAAGCAGGAGAUGAACGAGUCCCGACGUCAGAUCCAGAGCCUGACGUGCGAGGUGGACGGGCUGCGUGGCACGAACGAGGCGCUGCUCAGACAGCUGCGGGAGCUGGAGGAGCAGUUCGCCCUGGAGGCUGGAGGGUACCAAGCCGGUGCUGCGCGGCUGGAGGAAGAGCUUCGACAGCUGAAGGAAGAGAUGGCCCGGCACCUGCGGGAGUACCAGGAGCUCCUCAAUGUCAAGAUGGCCCUGGAUAUCGAGAUCGCCACCUACAGGAAGCUGCUGGAAGGAGAGGAGAGCCGGAUCUCAGUGCCGGUGCAUUCCUUUGCCUCCCUAAGUUUAAAGACGACUGUGCCUGAGGUGGAAGCUCCCCAGGACAGCCACAGCCGGAAGAUGGUUCUGAUCAGGACUAUUGAGACCCGGGAUGGGGAGGUGGUGACAGAGUCCCAGAAGGAACAGCACGGUGAACUGGACAAGUCUUCUAUUCACAGCUACUGAGCCCUCAUCCGAGCUCGGACCCUGACCCAAGCCUACUCUAUAGCUCCAGGCCUAACACUAGUGCUCAUCCAGCCCCUCUCUGCAUGCAGCAUGAUUCCCUCCCAGCCAAGCUGCAGCCUGGCAGCGUGGCUGGGCCUCUCCCUGCCCUGACACAUAGAUGUGACCCAUAGCUUUCCUGUCCUUGUAAGAGGCAGAUGAAGAAACCCAGGACAACAGGUCUGUUCAAGGAUGCUCCCAUGGCCAGUGGGGUGGGCCAGUGAGCCUCACUCUGAAUCAAAUAAAACUGCUACUGAGAGAAA